AUGGCUGCUAACAAGAUGAGGAGAAGUAGUGGUGCUGAUGACAUCGCUGAGGCUAUUCACCGGAUGGUGGAUGCGGUGCAGCCACCCGUAGCAGCGCAGUCUAGGACGGCGAUUGCACCAAUCAGGGUGCCAACUGUGGAGGACUUCUUGCGCCACAAGCCAGCGGAGUUCACUAGCAAAGCCUCUUCGGAUGAAGCGGAUGCAUGGCUCCGUAAAUGCGAGAAUAUCUUUACGGUGAUGAACUACACUGACGAGCAGAAGCUACUAUUUGCCACGUACCUGUUGAAUGAUGAUGCAGAGUAUUUGUGGGCGGGAAUGCAACAACAGAUGCAGACCCGAGAUGAACAGGUGGAGUGGACUAGCUUCAGGACUCGGUUCCUAGAGAAAUAUUUUCCUGACACGGCCAGGCAGGACAGGGAGGCAAAGUUUCUUGCACUGCAGCAGGGAGAUAUAACCGUGCAAGAGUAUGUAAACAGGUUUGAGCAUCUGGCGAGAUAUUACUCGCAGAACAUUACUGAAGAAUGGAGAUGUCAGAAGUUUGAGCGAGGACUCAAACAUGAGCUUAAGAAGGUGGUGACUUCCUUACGAGAGAGGAGAUUUCCCAUCUUAGUGGAACAGGCCAAUAAUGCUGAGCAUUUGGAGAAGGGCUCUGGUCCAGUUGUGAGCCGACAUCAGAAGAAUGUCGCUGAGGCUAGGUAG